AUCUAAGAAGCAAGGAAAAAGGAGCAAAAGUCGCAAAAACGAAAAAAUUCGAAAAAUGAAAAAGAUCCAAAAACCUCGAAAUAAAAAGAAUACUAGAGUACUGUGCCCUGUAGCAGCAUGUAUCAAUAAUCAGGCAACAGCCCUGAGCCUGGAGUUUUUGACUGUAAGAAAUUAUUUGGCCCAGUUCAGAAGAAUUGGAGUUAAACUAGCUGGGAUGGAAAAUAAAUACAAGAAACGAGAUUCUAGGGCCCAAACAGCCGCCCAUCUUCUGUCUAGGUUGGGAGGGGGAAAAGUUAUGGCGGGCCCUGGACCUCUUUGCAACGGACAAUUUAAUACAACCGACGCUCUUUCGGCCUAUAAUUUGUGUGAAGAAUUAUCUAGCUGUGAAGGGUUGAUUCAAGAAACCUGCGGUAAAUUCAACAUGGUUUCAGACACAACUCAGGUUGAACUAGACAGCUGUGCUGAAACUAUGUACUCUUAUCAGGAGAUGAGUUCUGCAUGUGGCGUGAUUGCCACGAAUUGCUCCUGCUGGGACGAAAUGUUGGCUGUUUCAUCGACGGUUAAGAAAUGCAACAUAGCUAAGAGUAUUGAGGAUGAUGUAACCCCUGUAUGGAGAGCUUGUAUGAGUAUGUUUUCUGAUUGCUCAAAGCUGGAAAAUCAGGCGCCAGCAAUCAUGCAAAAAUGUUUCACCUCACCUAUCAGAACGUUGAAUAGUUUAUCUUCUCUACUAGAUAUAGAAAUAUCUUUAACUAAAGUGGAAAAAAAAAUCUCAACUGUCCUAGCAACUUCAAGAAGAUUAGAACCAAAACAGUUAAUGGCAUGCGCGGGUUUUUUGCAGAAAACGUCUGAGUUUCUGAUAUUCUUUAGCUCUUCUAAUAUUGAGAGUGAAAACUCUAAACUGGGUCAGCUUAGUAGCGAGCUGGUCAGCCUCCAGGUUCAGGCCUGCUCAGCAAGUGAAUUGAUAACGCUUGACAUAUACAAAUCUUCAAUAUCUGGAUUUAUUACCAGCAUCAGAAAUCAAAUCAUCAAUGUUCAGCUAGUUCUAGACAUGUUAAAUCAGACCAAUCUGCUCACAACAUCUGCAUCAGCAACAACAGCAAUCACAACAACAUCGUCAGCAACAUUAUCAACUGUCUCUCAAUCAUCAAUAUCUUCAGCGUCAACUUUGGCAUCAUCAACACAAUCUUCUGUGGCAACAUCAACCUCACCAUCAGUAUCAGUAUCAUUAUCAGUAUCAGCACCAAACAAAGAAAUAUUAACAACAACGACAACAAAAACAACAACAACACAAUAUACUUCAUCAUCAAAAUCCCCAUCAACAUCAACAUCCACAAAAACCUCAACAUCGACAUCAACAUCUGCAUCAACAUCCACAAAAACCUCAACAUCAACAUCAACAUCCACAAAAACCUCAACAUCCACAAAAACCUCAACAUCAACAUCACCAUCAACAUCAAUAUCAACUUCAACAUCAACUUCAUCUUCAACUUCAACCUCAAGUGCAGGACAGCAGCUUGGUAGAGGUUGGGAGCGUUCUUGUCCAUACAGUGUUAAUAUUACACAGCUUGGAUUAAAUCGUGCCUGAGGAAUAAACACGCCUUGAGAUACCAACUAAAAUUUCUAAAUGUAAACCAAUCUUUUUAUUUAAACUUUAAAAAUAAUAAAAAAAAUUUAAUUUUUA